CUAUAUUCAUACCCAAGCACAUACGAUCCAAAGAUAUCAUUAUUAAAGUCUACUACUUACCAAAAUCAUAACUGAAGGGGCAAUCAAAUCACUCACUCACUGCACCCGCUGUUUCGCCGUCUCUAGUCAUUAUUCAAAAUGGCUGUCGCCGCACCCAUCUCUCCAGAGCAUAUCGCCAUCGUCAAGGCGACCGCGCCGGUUCUGAAAGAGCACGGCGUGACAAUCACGACGCUCUUCUAUAAUAACAUGAUUGCCGCGCACCCAGAACUCAAGAACAUCUUCAGCAUGUCGAAUCAGACCAGCGGGGCCCAACCGCGAGCUCUAGCGGCUGCCGUCUUCGCAUACGCCACAUAUGUCGACGACCUGGGUCAGCUAUCGGCGGCCGUUGAGCGCAUCGCCCACAAGCAUGAGAGUUUGAACGUACAGCCCGAACAAUACGCUAUUGUUGGAAAGCACUUGAUUGAGGCUGUGGCCGCCGUGCUAGGUGAUGCUUGCACCCCUGAAAUCGGAGAGGCUUGGACUGCUGCAUAUACUGCCCUAGCCGAUAUUUUUAUCAACCGAGAGAAGCAAUUGUACGCCGCGCAUGAGAACUGGCAGGGUUGGCGUCGCUUCCAAGUCCAACAAAAAGUUCCGGAAAGCUCAGAAAUCACCAGCUUUUACCUGGCUCCUGAAGAUGGACAACCUUUGCCCUCGUUUUUACCGGGUCAGUAUAUCAGCUUGCAAGUAUUCGUUCCUCAAAUGGGUCACAUGCAACCUAGGCAAUACUCACUUAGCGAAGCGCCACGAAGCGAUUACUACCGCAUCAGUGUAAAGAAGGACAAGGGAAAGAAACCCGAGGUCCCGGGUCUUAUUUCCAAUCUACUUCACGAGAACUACAAGGAAGGCGACGUACUCGAGCUCACAGCUCCCGCUGGUGAAUUCUUCGUGGAUCCGAAAGACGGCACGGAUAAACCGAUUGCUCUUAUCUCAGCUGGCGUCGGCCUCACACCUAUGAUCUCGAUCCUAAAUAGCUCCGUGAACUCGGGCUCGGCGCAGCGUAUAUCGUGGAUACAUGGCGUGCAUAACACCGAGGUGCGUGCCUUCAGCAAACACAUCCAUGAUACCUGCGCGAAGGACGUCAAUAACAACAUCAACGCUACAUUCUUCGUGACAUCCCCUCAGCAGCAGGACGUCCAGGGGGUUGACUACCACUUCACGGGGAGGAUAGACUUGAGCAAGGUUGAUCCGAAAACGACUCUUUUCCUUGAUGAUCCUCGCGCUGAGUACUACACCUGCGGUCCCUAUCUGUUUAUGAGAGACGUGGAGAAAUACCUGAUUAGCGUUGGUGUGGAUCCGAAAAGGAUUCAUCUAGAAGUUUUCGGGACCGGAGACGAGUAGUAGUCCAUCGAGUCAGUGCGGACAAUGAUGCGGGGGAGAUAAAUGUAAAUAUUUUCAAAUAUAAGCGACACUUAAUGUAUAUUUUCGGGAUUUGCCCCGCAUAGAGGUAUAUAUGUUUGAGGGGUUCUCUGAAGAUUUUCUUUCGUGAAGUGGAGUCGAUUGUUUCCCCCCCUUUUUGAUUCUUGUACCUACCUAGGUACUUACCCCUAUUUCGUCAAUAAACCCAUCUAUUUACGUUUCAUACAUGGAACAUAGCCUUCGCAGAUCGCAUUCCUUAUGUCAGUAGAAGAGGAAAUAACUAACUAUGUGGAAGAUGUGGUUUAUAUCAAUAAUUUAGGUAGGUAUGUCCACUCCCCAUGCUUCGGCUCAGUCAGUUGUCUCCGAGAUGGUUC